AGCGUGCAAAAGAAAAAAAGCCGGUUUGCGAAGGUAGGCGGCGUGGUGCGAGCCCUGUCCCAUAAAGGGACUGCAAAUAAGCGGCGGCUGUCCGUCUGUGUCGGCGGUCACCUCUGUGCUCCUUUCCGACUUUUUGAGAAAGUAACGACAUAAAGCAGCAGGCGCAGUCGCAGGCCGGGGCUGAAAUCGCUGACUGGAGGAUGUCCGAGGGGGAAAAGAGCGGCUUUGAGCCGGAGCAGCGCCCGGAGGCUGAGCUCAAGGAAGAGGAGGAUGGAGCGUCUGAUUUGGAAAAAGGGGGAGAGGAAGGAACACCUCCUAAGCCAAGUGACAGAAAAAAGCUCCUUCCACUCCCCGGCUAUGAAGCUAAGAUGCAAGCUGACCGCACUAACAGAUUUGACUACCUGCUGAAGCAGACAGAACUUUUUGCCCAUUUCAUCCAGCCGGCCGCCCAGAAAACCCCCACCUCGCCCCUGAAGAUGAAACCCGGGCGGCCCCGUAUCAAGAAGGACGAGAAGCAGAACCUGCUCUCUGCAGGAGAUAACCGUCACCGUCGCACGGAGCAAGAGGAGGAUGAGGAGCUGCUGAGUGAGAGCAGCAAGGCCACCAACAUCUGCACGCGCUUCGACGAGUCCCCUGCCUAUGUGAAAUCCGGAAAACUGAGGGACUAUCAGGUCCGAGGUUUGAACUGGCUCAUUUCCCUGUAUGAGAAUGGAAUCAACGGCAUCCUGGCAGAUGAGAUGGGCUUGGGGAAGACGCUGCAGACCAUCUCGCUGCUGGGUUACAUGAAACACUACAGAAACAUUCCUGGACCUCACAUGGUCUUGGUGCCCAAGUCUACCUUGUACAACUGGAUGAAUGAAUUCAAUCGGUGGGUGCCAUCGCUAAAGGCGGUCUGCCUUAUCGGAGACCAGGAGCAGAGGGUUGCUUUCAUUCGGGACGUGCUCCUACCUGGAGAGUGGGAUGUCUGUGUGACCUCCUACGAGAUGAUCAUCAAGGAGAAAACCGUGUUUAAAAAGUUUAACUGGAGGUACCUGGUCAUUGACGAAGCUCAUAGGAUAAAAAAUGAGAAGUCAAAGCUCUCGGAGAUCGUCCGUGAGUUUAAGACGACCAAUCGCCUGCUUUUGACUGGAACCCCCUUGCAGAAUAAUCUGCAUGAGCUUUGGGCUCUCCUCAAUUUCCUCCUCCCUGAUGUCUUCAACUCUUCUGAAGAUUUUGAUGCUUGGUUUGAUACCAACAAUUGCCUGGGGGAUCAGAAGUUGGUUGAACGUCUGCAUAUUGUGCUUCGCCCGUUCCUUCUACGACGUAUCAAAGCUGAUGUAGAGAAGUCUCUGCUGCCUAAGAAGGAGGUGAAGAUGUAUGUGGGGCUCAGCAAGAUGCAGAGAGAAUGGUAUACCAGGAUUCUGAUGAAGGACAUAGACAUUUUGAACUCUGCAGGCAAGAUGGAUAAGAUGCGGCUCCUAAAUCUUCUGAUGCAGCUGCGGAAAUGCUGUAAUCACCCGUACCUGUUUGACGGCGCUGAGCCUGGCCCCCCCUACACUACGGACCUGCACCUGGUGGUCAACAGCGGCAAGAUGGUCGUGCUGGACAAGUUGCUGCCUAAGCUGAAGGAGCAAGGCUCCCGUGUACUGAUCUUCAGCCAGAUGACCAGGAUGCUGGACAUCCUGGAGGACUACUGCAUGUGGAGGAACUAUCAGUACUGCCGCCUGGACGGCCAGACUGCACACGAAGAGAGGCAGAAAUCGAUAAACACAUACAAUGAGCCCAACAGCUCCAAGUUCAUCUUCAUGCUGAGCACCCGGGCAGGAGGCUUGGGGAUUAAUCUUGCCACUGCUGAUGUGGUCAUCAUUUAUGACUCUGACUGGAAUCCACAAGUCGAUUUGCAGGCUAUGGACCGUGCACACAGGAUUGGUCAGAAGAAGCAAGUGCGUGUGUUCCGCUACAUCACGGAGAACACGGUGGAGGAGAGGAUAGUCGAAGCAGCAGAAAUGAAACUCAGACUGGACUCCAUUGUCAUUCAGCAAGGGAGGUUGGUGGACCAGAAUCAGAAUAAGCUCGGCAAAGAUGAGAUGCUGUCGAUCAUUCGACACGGUGCGACCCACGUGUUCGCCUCCAAGGAGAGCGAGAUCACCGACGAGGAUAUCGAUGAAAUCCUGGAGAGGGGCGAGAAAAAGACUAUGGAGCUGAAGGAAAAACUAUCGAAACUGGGCGAAAGCUCACUCAGGAACUUCACCAUGGAAACCGACAACAGCGUGUACAACUUUGAAGGAGAAGACUACAGAGAGAAGAAGAAGGUCGUGACAGAGUGGAUCGAGCCCCCCAAAAGGGAACGGAAAGCUAACUAUGCUGUGGACGCGUACUUCAGAGAGGCUCUGCGAGUCAGCGAGCCGAAGGCGCCCAAGGCUCCCCGGCCCCCAAAACAGCCCAACGUCCAGGACUUCCAGUUUUUCCCUCCUCGUCUCUUUGAGCUGCUAGAAAAAGAGAUCUUGUACUACAGGAAAACAAUUGGUUACAAGGUCCCUCGUAACCCUGAGGUCCCGAACUCCACUCAGGUCCAGAAAGAGGAGCAGGCAAAGAUCGAUGAGGCAGAACCAUUGACGGAGGAAGAACUGGAGGAGAAGGAGAAUCUUCUCUCCCAGGGCUUCACCAUCUGGAACAAGCGCGACUUUAACCAGUUUAUCAAGGCCAAUGAGAAAUGGGGGAGGGAUGACAUUGAGAACAUUGCCCGGGAAGUCGAGGGCAAAACCCCGGAGGAAGUUAUGGAAUAUUCUGCUGUCUUCUGGGAGCGAUGCAAUGAACUGCAGGAUAUAGAGAAGAUCAUGGCUCAGAUUGAGAGGGGAGAAGCCCGAAUUCAGAGGAGAAUCAGCAUAAAGAAAGCACUCGACUCCAAGAUUGGGCGCUACAAGGCGCCCUUCCACCAGCUGAGGAUAUCCUACGGCACCAACAAGGGCAAGAACUACACCGAGGAAGAGGACCGCUUCCUCAUCUGCAUGCUGCACAAGCUGGGCUUCGACAAGGAGAGCGUCUACGACGAGCUCAGGCAGUGCAUCCGCAACUCCCCCCAGUUCCGCUUCGACUGGUUCCUCAAGUCGCGUACCGCCAUGGAACUGCAAAGGAGAUGCAACACAUUGAUCACACUGAUAGAGCGCGAGAACAUGGAGCUGGAAGAAAAGGAGAAGGCCGAGAAAAAGAAGAGAGGUCCUCGCUCUUCCUCCGCUCAGAAACGCAAAGCUGAGGGGACGGCAGAUGGGCGUGGAAGGCGGAAGAAGCUAAAGCUGUGAAGAGGAUGGCCGGCCGGCCGGGAGAGGCAGCCCCGGGGAGGGCGCCGAUAAACAGGCAGCGGUGUGCGUUUGUUUUACGGGUCAUCACGAUGUACUGUACCGAACUUCAGCGUCAUUUUCCUGUUGAUCUUGGAGGGAGGUGCCCCAGAGCAGGUCUGGUCCUGCGGUCUUCCCCUCCUUUAUCUACUUAUUUAUGUCUUUAGGUUAAAGCACUGCAUUGGUGUUUUUUGGUUUUUGUUUUGUUUUUUUAAAAUUGUUCCCUAUUUUACCAAUAUUUGUAUUAGAACUCAUGACACCAAUAAAUUUUGUUUUU